CAAAGAUUCCAAUGGCAAAACCCUCACUCAAACAAAUGUCCAAAGCCCUCUUAAACUUAGCCUUUCUUGGAAUGAUAAUUAUUUCUUGUCUCACAACCAAUCCACUACCCAAUUCUUACCACCAAAGAGAAUCUCAAGAAGAAGACAUUGAUUGCCAAAAGAUUCAUCAAAACUCUCGAACAAAGGAUCAAAAAUGUUCAUAUGUAAGAUCCCAUCAAGGGUGCAAUCCAAGAGGAUACAUUCCUUAUCUCCACUUCUUCUAUUGCACUUUCACCCCUUAUUUUCUUGACUACAUUUUCAUCACCCUUUGGCUUAUCAUACUCUUCUAUUUAUUAGGCGACACGGCGAGCAAUUACUUUUGUAGUUCACUCAUCGGUCUGUCAAAAUAUUUUAAACUAUUGCCAAUCAUAUCGGGGGUGUCCCUCCUUUCUUUAGGGAAUGGGGCACCCGAUAUAUUUGCAAGUGUGAUAUCCUUUACGGUGAAUGAGUCCGUUGAUAUUGGCUUGAAUAGUACUCUUGGGGCUGCGGUCUUCGUAAUUUGCGUCGUCUUUGGACUUAUAUGCUUAUAUGUCGAUCCAUCUUGUGUUAUCAUCAACAAGAAGAUUUUUAUUACAAAUGUCGUGUUUUUACUAUUGUCCCUUGCUUGUCUCGUCGUGAUCAUCAUAGUUGGCCAUGUUGGUAUGUAUGGCGGCAUUUCUCUCAUUUUCUUGUAUUUUAUAUAUGUGAUCGUUGUUUUCACAACAUCUGGCGAGGACUAUGAUGAUCGACACGGCGAUCUAAGCACACCGUUGCUAGGGCACACAAGGAGCGAUCAAGGGCUAAAUCUAAGCUAUUACGAAAUUCGAGAAAAUCAAGAAAAUGAAAAACGCACAAAAACAUGCACACAAGAAGACAGGACUUUGUUGAUCCAAUUCGAUCAUAAUGAUUUACGUCUGGAAGCGGCCAUGCUAGGUCAAGAGACUGGAUGUACAGUACUUCUUCAUACUCCAAUUUGGGCUUCACAAUACAACAUAAACGAUCCAAUUCGGGUCCAAGACCCUAACAAGGAAGGGAGAUUUUUAAAUUUUCUCGACCAAACGUUGUGCAUGUUGGAGCUGCCACUCGACUUGCCACGUCGACUAACAAUUCCCGUCGUCUCACCCGACAAAUGGUCCAAGCCAUAUGGUGUGGCUGCAGCCACAUUAGCCCCUCUUACAUUGGCACUUAUAAUUUUCCCUACAGAAGAGGCAAAGACAAGAGCUUUAGCCUAUGCAAUAGGUGCAUUGAUAGGGAUUCCAUCUGGGAUUCUUUUAUCCUUAAAUUCAGACAAGAAGAAUCCACCAAGAAAAUGGGUAGUCCUAUGGCUUGUAGAAGGUUUCACAAUGAGCAUUUGUUGGACAUACUUGUUGGCACAAGAAUUGGUGUCCUUGUUAGUGUCACUAAGCCUAAUUUUGGGGAUGAGUCAUUCCUUAAUAGGGCUGACAGUUCUUGCUUGGGGGAACUCAGUGGGUGACUUGGUUGCCAACGUAGCAAUGUCAAGGAAUGGAGGGUUGGAUGAUGUCCACGUGGCGACAUCUGGAUGCUUUGCUGGGCCACUGUUCAAUGUUCUUGUGGGGUUGGGAUUGUCACUUGGGAUAUCAGCUUGGAGGGCUUAUCCAAAUGAUUAUGAAAUUAUUUGUGUUGGGGUUUCAGUUUAUGUGAUUUCUGGGUUUUUGGUAUUGGGGAUCAUUUGGACAGUUGUGGUGCUUUUGAAGGGGAAUAAUAAUAAUAAUAAAUGGUUGGGGUGUGGGCUUAUUGCAAUUUAUGCCUGCUUUUUGUUUGUCCAAAUUUUAAUUAAUUUGGACAAUAUUGAAUUCAAUGUGCCCGCUUGA